AGCAGGGCUGGAGAGACCGCCGGGGAGCAUAGUCGCCAGUCCAGCACGGAGACUCGCCUGGCCAAAGACUGCGCCGCAUACUCGCCAGGAUUGCCAAACAUUCCUGAAAAAUAUACCUGCUAUUUAUGGCAUGUGGCUUGUAACUUUACUCCUGCUGUACUCUCUCCAGGAAGUACACAGCGAGGAUGUGGGCUCUACCAGGCUGUACUUUGUGAACGCGUCCCUCCAGAGGCUCACCUACUCCAGCUCGGUGGGGGUGUCUCUGCCCUGCCCGGCGGGCGGCACCCCCACCGCCAUCCUACGCUGGUACCUGGCCACCGGCGAUGACAUCUACGACGUGCCCCACAUCCGUCACGUCCAUGCCAACGGCACCCUCCAACUCUACCCCUUCUCUCCCUCCGCCUUCAACUCCUACAUCCACGACAACGACUACUUCUGCACCGCAGAGAACCAGGCUGGCAAGAUCCGCAGCCCCAACAUCAGAGUCAAAGCUGUGUUCAGGGAGCCGUACACGGUGCGUGUGGCAGACCAGCGCUCCAUGCGGGGCAACGUGGCCGUGUUCAAGUGCCUCAUUCCCACCGCCGUGCAGGAGUACGUCAGCGUGGUGUCCUGGGAGAGAGACACUGUUUCCAUCAUCCCAGCUAACAGGUUCUUCCUGACAUCCUUUGGUGCUCUGUACAUCUCAGAUGUCCAGAAAGAGGAUGGCCUCUCUACCUACCGCUGCAUCACCAAGCACAAAUACAGCGGAGAGACACGCCAGAGUAAUGGAGCCAGGCUGUCUGUCAUGGACCCCACAGAGUCGUCUCCCUCUAUCCUGGACAGUUUCCAGGCGGGGGAGUUGCGGGCGGGUCAGAGUGUGGAGCUUCCCUGCAUUGCAGCAGGGUACCCCAGCCCCACAGUGCGCUGGCUGAAGGACGGCCGUCCACUGCCUUCCGAUGCCCACUGGACGCGGCGCCUCACGGGUCUGACCAUCAGUGACCUCAGGCAGGAGGACAGCGGCAGCUACGCCUGUGAGGUCACCAACAGCUUCGGCUCCAAGGAGGUGUCCGGAGCACUUUAUGUCAUAGACCCCCUGCGAGUGACCCUCUCCCCCAAGAGUCUAAAGACGGGCAUCAGCAGUACCCUGUUCUUUACCUGUGCCGUGGAGGGUUCUCCAGAGUACACAGUGGCCUGGUACAGGAACACAGACCCUAUAGUCCCAGACCAGCACAUCUCUAUCCAGGGCCCCCACAAUGACACCCUGCAGAUCACAGCGGCUCAGAAGAGCCACUCUGGGGCCUACCAGUGCUUCGCCUCCCGCAAGGGCCACACUGCCCAGGACUUCUCUAUCAUACUGCUGGAGGAUGGUACUCCUCGUAUCGUGUCGUCCUUCAGUGAGCGCGUGGUUGCCCCCGGUGAGCCCUUCUCCCUGAUGUGUGGCGCCAAAGGAGCCCCACCCCCUUCCAUCACCUGGACGCUGGACGACGAGCCUGUGGUGCGAGACUCUGCCUACAAGACCAGCCAGUACACCCUAUCAGACGGCCUGACCGUGUCACAUGUCAACGUAAGCAGCCCGGCCAUCCGCGACGGGGGAGUGUAUCGCUGCGCCGCACGCAACUCGGCCGGUAGCGCCGAGUACCAAGCGCGCAUAAACGUAAGAGGCUCUCCUAGGAUCAGGGAGAUGCGUGACAUCACGGCUGUAGCUGGAAGGAACACCUUUAUAACCUGUCGUGUGAUUGGUUACCCCUACUACUCUAUCAAGUGGUUUAAGGACGGCAUGCUGCUGCCUGACAACCAUCGCCAGGUGGUGUAUGAGAAUGGAACCCUGAGGCUGAGUGAUGUGCAGAAGGGCAUGGACGAGGGUACCUACCUUUGUAGUGUGCUCAUCCAGCCACAGACCUCCAUCGACCAGACCGUCCACGUCACUGUGAAAGUGCCGCCCCUGAUCCAGCCCUUUGACAUCCCCUCCACGUCAGUGGGAAAGCUGAUGUACAUCGCCUGCGUGGUGUCGUCAGGUGACAUGCCUAUCCGCAUCACAUGGCACAAAGAUGGGCAGCUUAUCGUGCCUGGCUCCGCCUCCGGCGUUGGCAUAGAGACCAAGGAGUUCAUGAGCUCCCUGCAGAUCUCCAAGGUGACCCUGAAGCACAACGGAAACUACACCUGCAUCGCUAGCAACGCCGCGGCAACCGUCAGCUGGGAGAGACAGCUGAUCGUCACCGUUCCCCCUCGCUUCGUGGUACAGCCUAACAACCAGGAUGGGAUCUAUGGGAAGGCAGGAGUACUCAACUGCUCUGUGGAGGGAUACCCUCCUCCCAAAGUCAUGUGGAAACAUGCCAAAGGUAUAGGAAACCCCCAGCAGUACCACCCUGUGCCUCUGACCGGUCGGAUCCAGAUCAUGGGGAACGGCUCUCUGCUGAUCCGUCAUGUCCUGGAGGACGACCGGGGGUACUACCUCUGUCAGGCCUCCAACGGAGUGGGCUCUGACAUCAGCAAGAGCAUGGUUCUUACUGUCAAGAUUCCAGCCAUGAUCACGUCGCACCCCAACACCACCAUGGCCAUCAAGGGCCAGGUGAAGGAGCUGAACUGCACAGCGCGGGGGGAGCAGCCCAUCAUCAUCCGCUGGGAGAGGGGCGACACCGUCAUCGACGCAGAGAGGAACCCCCGCUACUCCAUCACCAUCAACAAGAAAGGUGACGAGGUCAUCUCCACGCUCAAGCUGAAGCCAGCGGAGCGCGGGGACUCAGUCUUCUUCUCCUGCCACGCCAUCAACUCAUACGGAGAGGGGCGAGGACUCAUCCAGCUUACCGUGCAAGAGCCUCCUGACCCUCCUGAGUUGGAGGUGAGAGAGGUGAAGGACCGCAGUAUGAACCUGCGCUGGAUCCAGAGGUUCGACGGCAACAGCAUCAUCACCAGCUACGACAUCGAGUAUAAGAACAAGUCUGAUACUUGGGAUCACAAGUACACCACCAGGAACAUCUCCCCCACUAACAACCAGGCUAACAUCGUGGAGCUGCACCCUGCCUGUGUCUACAGCAUCCGCAUGUACUCCUUCAACAAGAUCGGACGCAGCCAGCCUAGCAAGGAGCUCACCAUCAGCACUGAGGAAGCACAACCUGACGGGCCCCCUAUGGACGUGAUCCUCCAGCCAAUGACGUCGCAGAGCAUACGGGUCACAUGGAGGGCCCCAAGGAAGGAGCUUCAGAACGGGGUGAUCCGGGGCUACCAGAUUGGUUACCGUGAGAACGGGCCGGGCAGUAACGGCCAGUACAGCAUCGUAGAGAUGAAGGCCACGGGGGACAGUGAGGUGUACACCCUGGACAACCUGAAGAAGUUUGCCCAGUAUGGAGUGGUGGUCCAGGCCUUCAACAGGGCUGGCACUGGCCCCUCUAGCACUGAGAUCAACGCUACCACACUGGAGGAUGUGCCCAGCCAGCCACCCCAGAACGUGCGGGCCAUCUCGGUGACGUCAGACGAGGCGGUGAUCACAUGGGCGGAGCCCCCGCGUCUGACGCUACAUGGCGUGCUGAAGGGCUACCGCGUGGUGUUCUGGUCCCUCUUCCCCGACGGAGGUGGGUGCUGUGGGGGCCAGGCACAGGGGCCGAUGCAGAAAUGGGGAGAGAUGCAGAACAUCACUACAACUCGUGAGCAGGUGGAGCUGAGAGGGCUGGAGAAGUUCACUAACUACAGUGUCCAGGUGCUAGCCUACACACAGGCUGGGGACGGGGUCAGGAGCAAUGUCCUGUACAUCCAAACCCGCGAGGACCUCCCAGGUCCUCCAGCUGGUAUCAAAGCCGUGCCCUCAUCUCCCAGCAGUGUGGUUGUGUCCUGGCUACCCCCCCAUAAACCCAAUGGUGUCAUCCGCAAGUACACCAUCUACUGCUCCAGCCCAGGCUCCGGACAGCCGGCUCCCAGUGAGUAUGAGACCAACCCAGAGAUGUUGUUCUACAGGAUCACCCACCUGACCCGCGGUAAACAGUACCUCAUCUGGGCCGCCGCUGUGACAACCGCUGGCCGCGGCAAUAUCAGCGAAAAGGUCACCGUGGAGCCUGCUGGGAAAGCCCCAGCUAAGAUCCUGUCGUUCGGGGGCACAGUGACCACUCCCUGGAUGAAGGAGAUCCGUUUGCCUUGCAGCUCAGUGGGAGAACCCACCCCCACCUUCAAAUGGACCAAAGACAGUGAGGACUCGGCUAUUCCUGUGACUGUGGAUGGACAGCGUCAGAUCCUGUCCAAUGGUACUCUAGUGCUGCGUUCCGUCAAAGCUGAGGAUUCUGGGUACUACACGUGCACGGCCACCAACACGCUGGGCUUUGACACCAUCAUUGUCAACCUGCUGGUGCAAGUUCCUCCAGACCAGCCCCGUCUGACCGUCUCCACCACCUCUACCUCUUCCAUCACCCUGGCCUGGAUCCCUGGGGACAACGGAGGCAGCUCCAUCAGAGGUUUCGUCCUGCAGUACUCGGUGGACAACACAGAGGAGUGGAGGGAUGUGUUCAUUACUUCAACUGAACGGUCCUUCAGGCUGGACAACCUGCGCUGUGGCACCUGGUACAAGGUCAAACUGGCAGCCAAGAACAGUGUGGGCUCAGGACGCAUCUCUGAGAUCAUCGAGGCCAAGACGCACGGACGAGAGCCCGUGUUCAACAAGGAGCAGCCCCUGCUCACCCACAUCAACUCCACCCAUGCGGGGCUCAACCUGCAGGGCUGGACCAGCGGAGGCUGCCCCAUCACUGCUCUGCUGCUCGACUUCCGGCCCAAGGGCACAUGGGCUUGGCAGAGCCUGAAGGCCAACGCCACAGCCCAGCUCUUCCUCAGCGAGCUGCGUGAGGCCACCUGGUACGAACUGAAGAUGAAGGCCUGCAACAGUGCCGGCUGUGGGAACCAGAGCUCCCAGUUCGCCACCACAGACUACGAUGGCAGUACCAUCCCUCCUAUAAACUCGGCCCAGGAGGACAGAGACGAUGUGAAGAAGCUGUUCUCCAUAGGCUCUCCUGUCAUCCUGGUCACCCUGGGCGUCGCCCUGCUCUUCAUCAUCCGCAAGAAACGCAAGGAGAAGAGACUGAAACGACUCAGAGACGCUAAGAGCCUUGCAGAGAUGCUUAUCAGUAAGAACAACCGCAGCAUGGACACCCCAGUGAAGGGUCCUCCCCAGGGCCCCCGGCUCCACAUCGACAUACCCCGUGUCCAGCUGCUCAUCGAGGACAAGGAGGGAAUCAAGCAGAUAGGUGAGGACAAGGCAGCGGCCCCAGUGACGGACACUGAGUUCAGCCAGUCAGUGAAUCCACAGAGCUUCUGCACGGGCGUGUCUCUGCACCACCCCGCCCUCAUCCAGAACACAGGGCCAUUGAUUGACAUGUCAGACAUCCGCCCUGGAACCAACCCAGUGUCGAGGAAGAGUGUGAAGUCGGCCCACAGCUCCAGGAACCGGUAUUCCAGCCAGUGGACCCUGAGCAGGCCGGGCCAGAGCCAAUCAACAGCCUCCGCAAGAACUCUGACCUCUGACUGGCGCACCAUGGGCUCCCACGGCAUCACCGCCACCGAGAGUGACAGCUACAGCGCCAGCCUGUCGCAGGACACUGAUAAGGGUCGUAACAGCAUGGUGUCCACAGAGAGUGCAUCGUCUACAUACGAGGAGCUGGCGCGGGCCUACGAACACGCCAAACUGGAGGAGCACCUGCAGCAUGCCAAGUUCACUAUCACAGAGUGCUUCAUCUCCGACAGCUCCUCUGACCAGAUGACCACUGGCACCAACGACCCGGCCGACAGCAUGACAUCACUCAGCACGCCGUCCGAGACAGGCCUUUGUCGCUUCACCGCCUCGCCACCCAAACCCCAGGACUAUGACCGCGGCAGACCUACCAACGUGGCCGUGCCCAUCCCCCACCGCGCCAACAAGAGUGAAUUCUGCAACCUCCCGCUCUACAUGAAGACAGACCCUUUCUUCAGGAAACAGGCAGAACUGCAUGACCCGUGCCCUGCUGUACCACCCCGGGAGGCCUCCAUCCGCAGCCUGGCACAGCGGGCGUACCACACCCAGGGCCGUCACAUGACUCUGGACCCGUCCAAGCAGCAGGCCCUGACGCUGGGACACUCUGGGCUGGGCAGCCUGGGUGUGAGCUCGGGUACUGCCACCCUGCCCCAGAGGACUCUCACUAUGCCCAGCUCCAACCCUGCAGCCACAGCCUCCACCUCCAGCACCAGCAGCAAUCCCACUGGCUCCAGCACCAAGAUGGGGGGCUCCAGAGACUCACUGCUAGAGAACAGCUCCUCAGCGUUGGGCAGACUGCAGAAGCAAGGGGUCGGGGCCUACUCCAAGUCUUACACACUGGUGUAGCUACUAGCCCCCCUUCUCUCUCUCAAAGACUAUACACUCUGGCCCCGGCCCACACCCAGCCCAGCCACACACCAGUGUUCUACACUCCAGGUCAGGGUGGGCAUGUAGUGCAGUGCAGUGCAGCAGGUGUCCCCAGCUAACAGCUAGCUACUGUAACAGCUAAUUACCCAGUAGCGUGAUUAGUCUUUAUUCUGACCUUGGGUUCUGCCUCCCAGGAAUGACCAGAGACCAUUGUAACCUGCCUGAUUCAUGCUCACCUGGACCUGUAUAAAACAAACUACUAUCUCUCACACACACACACACACACACACACACACACACACACACACACACACACACACACACACACACACACACACACACACACACACACACACACACACACACACACACACACACACACACACACAGAGGAAGACCUGGAGCUGUUCUCCAAGGUCAUUUCAAACCAAUUGAGUAUUACUGAGGAGCUGAAUGGUGAAAGCUCACUGCUCGUGCUGAUGAAGUCAAUGAUAGCAGAGGAGUCUGGGCUAAAAGCAGUGUCCAUCACACACACACACACAUUAUGCUGCCCUCCAUGGUUUGAGCAGAAGCUCCUGCAGGACUUCCAGUUUUAUCCCCUCUAGUCUCGUCUCACUCGCUCUGUCUCUACGUCCAGUCUCACUCUCCAUCGGCAGUUACUCUCUCUCUCUCUCUGUGGAUUCCAUAAGGAAGGGUUUCAGAUUCACCUCACUCAGAACUUUAAGUUCGUAUUUUUAGCACAUUUAUUGUUGAUAUGUCCCACCCUCCCCUCCUCUUUCCCAACUCAACAUUAUCCGAUAGCUUUUGACCGAAACAUGACAACCCAAAUAACCCAGCAAUGAUUUGAAAACAUCAGGGCUCUCGCAAUACAAACAAAUAUAGAAUAUUUGGUAUUUUAAAGAUUUUACGUAUAUAUUUCUAUGUAAGUAUAUUAUGUCAUUUAAGUGAAAUUAUGGCAAAGAAUAAAACUAUACAACCAUUUAAAUAUUUUAAAAACUAUAAGAAUGAGACAAUCGCUCAAUCAUGUGAAGAGCAGGGAAAAUGAAAGAGGAGGAAAGAAUAGAAGAGCAUUAUGAAGAGGGAGGAGCACGUGUUCUUUAUGUUACUGUAGACAGGCUGAGAGGAACGAGGUGACUUCCUUUUCAGACAGGAAGUGUCCAUCUCAAAGCCCCCUAUUAGUUAGUAUCUUAUAAGAUCGUCAGUGAUUGGUUGGUGUACUUACUUUCAGAAGCCAAAUCAUUUCCUCUGAAGACGGGUGUAUCCAGGGCGACCUACACUGUUGACACUGUUGUCUAUCAUUUCUCUGCUUUCGUUCACCUGUUACUUGAGUAAACAGAGGCCACGACCUCUCAGGGCCUCAGGUAUGGGCCUUUGACCUUUGACCUGUGGUAGCAGCGGGGUUACAGAGUCACUGUGAGUGGAGCAGAAGUCAGAGAUCAGAGCACGGCUACUGUAUCCCACAGCUAGCUACCACACAGAGCAUACACCAGUAGCCCUGUAACCUCUACCAACCUCUCAGCCCAUGUAUUACUGUCUCCCUCCUUCCAAUACAAAAUGGCCGCCAAGACACCAAGGAGGAUAAUCAUGUGAAGUAAGUUAAUUGUCUAGUUUACAGAGAGACGUUGCCAGCCAGUCAGGGUGUUCAGUUUGAAUAUGAUAAGAUGAUGUGCAGUCAGUGGUCUAUUGGUGUCUCUGUUGCGGCCCUGUCUGAAGUACUGUAUAUUUCCCACUUCUUUCUCCAUCCCCAAUAUCCAUGUGCAUCCUCAUCCUCCGCACCAUUUUGUGCUACUACAUGUACAUCAACACAGGAACUUGUUGGAAUGUCUAUUGAAGUAUUGCCAUUCAAGUGUUUUGUCAUUUCUUUUGUUUUUGGAUUAUUUGUUAAGGUCCAUCUGUUGAUUUUUAAUUGAAUAUGUUUGUUUUUACUUGUUUAUUUAUUUAGAUUUUUUGGGUUCCAGAGGCCAGACAGUACUGAGGCAUAACACACUUAUGAUUUCGGCCAGCUUUAACCAAGUAAAAUCAGGGACUAGCUCUUGAGGUCACACCAGAGCCAUGUAUUUAGAAAGCAGGGCCAAUGCGGUUUCUGCGUUACGAUGCAUUUACAUGACACUUCAACAAUCUAUGGCAGCCAUGUUAGCUCCCCAAUAACGUCACAUGGGGAAUAUUUUAGCAAUGCUAUGUAACUGAAUGUCUAGAAUUCUAAAAGUUGUUUGAACUCUCUAAAUAUAUGGCUCUGGGUCACACACACUGAAAUUGUGGAAAAAGCUGACACUCCCAACCAGCUCUCCCAAGUCAACUCCCUGACAUACAGUACAUACACUACCUUUGGCACUAUUGUUUAUAGAUUAACUCUUGUACAUAAAACACAGUUUUGUAUGAAGAGCUAUUUUCGUCAGAAUAAAAUAGGGCAAGAUCAGGGUUGAAUCAUGCCCCCACUUCAAAAUGAAAACAACAUGAAUGAAAAUAUGGAUUUGAUAAACAUGAAUUUCCACCUUGGGCAACAAAUAUUUUUUCUCUAUUCCCUUCAUGUUUUUUAUACUAAUUUGUUGAAUUUUUAUGCUUUUUUAAAGGUAUUUUGAUGUUGUCAUUUGUCCUGUUCACUUUUUUAAUGAUCAUUUUUUGUAUUUUGUUCAUCCUCAAAAAUGACAUUGCAUGCUUGGUAAAAGGGAAAAGGUGAGGGAAAGAAAUGUACAAAUAUUUUAAAUUUGAAGAAAAGAAAAUGUUGAGGGGAUUCCAAACAUUCGUUUGAGUUGCUUCUAAUAGCAAUUGCUUGUCUUUAAAAGAACAUUUUCUAUGAAAAGUAAUGAAAAAACUAACAAAAAGAGUAUUCUAACACCUUGUGCAAUAAAGCUAUCUUUCUAUA